AUGGCUAGUCCAUACGGCAUCUUUGUUUGUCUACUCAUAGUGCUACCUCAAAUCCAGGCCGCUUCUAUCCCCUACAAUGGGACUGUACCUCUUCAGGGGUGUCAGAUCCCUUGUAUGACCGAAGUUAACUUGCACUUGUUCUUGCACCAAUUCGUCGAUGGACCAAACCAGCCAAACCGCAAUGAGGAAACCUUGCUCCAAACAAGUUUUCCUUUUGGGUUUGGGACGACGAUAGUUCAUGACUGGACUCUUACCGAGACAAUAAAUUCCAAAGAUACAGUUGUUGCACGUGCACAAGGCGUGCAUGUCCAGGCUGGUUUAACCAAGGAUAAUAGAUGGUACAUGACUCAUAACAUAGAGUUUGAGCAAGGAAGGUUUGCAGGGUCUACCCUUCAGGUGAUUGGCAUAACAGCGGGUUUGGAAAGUGGCCAGUGGUCCAUUGUUGGUGGGACUGGUCAAUUCAUUAUGGCACAGGGUAUAAUAAGUUUCACAAAUCAUCCUGCCUCUACUUGGGAAGAUGGUAUUAAAGAACUUAAUAUCCGUGUACGCUACACGAAUCCGCAACCUGUAAGAAUAAUUCUCAAAAGUUUGUAUCCAAAUUGUAAUGUUCUACUUUUUGAAGGGAAACAAUAG